UGGUGAACUGAGUGCAGUCAAAGAGCGGAACAAGCGGGAUAAGUGGAUAGCCCGCUGACAGGCUGGACUGGACUUUUUCUUCCAUGAAGCUUACCUGACAAGAUGAAGAUGCAAACGUCUCUCUUCAUGGUUCUUCUCUCCACACAGUGCGCCUCCGGGUCUGCAGUCCCAUAUCCCCGAGCUCAGAAUGUCACUUGGAUAUCCACCAACUUCAAAACUCUCCUGACUUGGGAACCCAAACCAUCAGAUGAUUACUCAUACACUGUGGAGUUUUCUGUGGCUGGUAGAGACCAACAGAGAAACUUUCACUGUAUCCGCUCCAAUGUCACAGUGUGCGACCUCUCUGUCUAUUUACGUCCACUGAACUCCUGCUACACAGCUGAUGUCCUGUCAGAACCACCACUGGGAACCACAUCUGAUGACACUGAGUUCCCCCAUACCACCUCACCCAGAUUCUGCCCUUACCAAGACACUGAGAUUGGGAGGCCGGAUUUCAACCUGAGUGUGAAUGAAGACAAGAAGACCAUCACCUUGUUUGUGACUGACCCACCCACAGCUCUGUUUGAAGAUGAUCGUCAGCUGAGCAUCAGAGAUAUCUUCUCUGAUGAGCUACAAUACAAAGUCAUGUACCGAAAAAAGAAGAGUACGGGAACAAAAACUUAUCUGUCCAAAUCAAGUGUGAUAGAGAUGACCGAUCUGGAUAAAGGUGAGAGUUACUGCUUCAACGUCCAGGCCUACAUUCCCAUCCGCAGCGCUGACAAGCAGCUUGGAGAGCUGAGUGCAACUAAGUGCUCUAAUAAUGAUGAGCAGUCGAUCUUUAAAGUAUAUUCUCCUGCCGUUUUUGCUGGUGGCAUCCUCUUCAUCUUGCUGGUGAUGGGUCUGCUUAUCCCGGUCACUGUGAUCUUGUGGAAAAAGAAGAGAAAAGCUCUCAAGAGUGGGACAGAAGGACGUCCACUGCGGGAUGUCUAAGUCCCUCCUGCAGCCGUUCCUGGGAAAACCUUGCUGCAGCACAGGGGAAGUUCAACCUUCCAAUGUCCAACACUGGAAUGAUCCUACAUGAAGUUUCUGUGAAACUGCCUUUUGCUAUGUCAGAUAUUUUUAAAUGGUUGUUGAUUUCAGGCUGCAGAUGAAAUACUGUUUGAACUCAUACUGAAACUAAUUUACAACUUUUUAAAUAUUUUUGAUUGUUCUUUAUCUGGUGAGCGGUACAUCUAUACCACAGCUGAUUUAUAGAGUAAAAAUUGUGCAUCUUAACUAGUUGAUAUGAUGGAUUUCUUUUGGGGUCUAGAAAAGUUAUACUAAAUGAAUACACUGCAAUAACUCUAUCUGCUGUUUAAUUUAUUGCCUUUAAAUUUAAUGGAAGGUUUUGUUUGAUGAUAUUCUAUCCAUUAGAUUUUUGGAUUGUUUUUAUAGUGUAAAAUGUAUAGAAUGUGUUUUGAUAUGGACUUUGCGAGAAUGUUUCUACCAAAUGGUUUUAAUAAGUAAUAUUUUAAUAAACUAAUAUGCGUUAUGUACAGUC